UUUUCAAGGCAAUUGACGGAUGAACCGUACAUCAGCAAACUCCACACACCAAAUCGAAUCUGAAGAUCAAAAGCUUCAGAGACUGAAAUAAGCUCUUUACACCAACAUCGCCAUGGAAAUUCCUCCUCCCAUAUAGAGUGAGAUCCCUAAAGAUAGGGGGAGAGAGAGGGUUCUUUUCGCGACAGAUCUGUGACAUCGGCGAUGGGUUACGGACGCGCGAUCUUCGAAGGAUUGGUGGUUACCGGAUCGCUGUGUCUCUUGGGAUGGACCGGCCUAUGGUUCCUGAAUCGGAGGCUCUACAAGGAGUACGAAGAGAAGCGUGCCUUGGUUCAGAUCAUUUUCAGCAUCGUCUUCGCUUUCUCUUGCAAUCUCUUGCAGCUCGUCCUGUUCGAAAUCAUCCCUGUUCUCUCUAGAGAGGCGCGGAUGGUGAACUGGAAGGUGGACCUCUUUUGUUUAAUACUGCUUCUGGUUUUCAUGUUGCCAUAUUAUCAUUGUUAUUUGAUGCUUCGCAACAGUGGCAUAAGGAGGGAACGUGCUGCUGUUGGGGCCUUGUUAUUCUUGACAGUGUUCCUUUAUGGUUUUUGGCGCAUGGGCAUUCAUUUUCCCAUGCCUUCACCAGACAAAGGUUUUUUUACCAUGCCUCAGCUAGUCAGCAGAAUCGGAGUCAUUGGUGUGACAGUCAUGGCUGUCUUAUCUGGCUUUGGGGCUGUAAAUUUGCCCUACAGUUAUAUAUCACUCUUCAUUAGGGAGAUUGAAGAAUCAGAAAUAAAAUCCUUGGAAAGGCAACUGAUGCAUUCAAUUGAGACUUGCAUUGCAAAGAAGAAGAAAAUUAUCCUCUCUCAGAUGGAGAUGGAACGAAUUCAUGGGUCAGAAGAGAAAAACAAAGGAAGAUCAUUCUUCAGAAGAAUUGUUGGGACUGUCGUGCGAUCAGUGCAAGAUGACCAAAAGGAGCAAGACAUUAAAAUAAUGGAGGCUGAGGUGGAAGGUUUGGAAGAACUGUCAAAGCAGCUAUUCUUGGAAAUAUAUGAGCUCCGUCAGGCUAAGGAAGCUGCGGCGUAUUCUCGAACAUGGAGGGGCCAUGUGCAGAAUUUACUUGGCUAUGCAUGUUCCAUUUAUUGUGUGUACAAGAUGAUCAAGUCCCUACAAAGUGUUCUUUUCAAGGAGGCUGGUAGGAAAGAUCCCAUGACUAUGAUGAUCAGCAUAUUCUUGCAGUUCUUUGAUAUAGGAGUAGAUGCUGCAUUGCUUUCACAGUAUAUUUCCCUGUUGUUUAUAGGGAUGUUGAUUGUGAUAUCUGUGAGAGGAUUCCUGACGAAUUUGAUGAAGUUUUUCUUUGCAGUCUCCAGAGUGGGAAGCGGGUCUUCAAGCAAUGUUGUACUUUUCCUAUCCGAAAUCAUGGGAAUGUACUUCUUGUCUUCCAUUCUUCUCAUACGAAAAAGCUUGAGAAACGAGUACAGGGGAAUCAUCACGGAUGUAUUGGGCGGAGACAUUCAGUUCGAUUUCUAUCAUCGAUGGUUCGACGCGAUUUUCGUGGCCAGCGCUUUUCUUUCUCUUCUUCUGCUGUCUGCCCACUAUACAUCUCGUCAAUCGGAUAAGCACCCGAUCGACUAAGCAAAGCAUAUGAUGAUGGCUGGGCGAACAGGACUAUGAGAGCCGAAGAGGUACCAACUUGCGAAUUAACUCUGACCUCUGAGCUUUCUAGUAUUCCACUUUUCAACAUAUUUCGAAAGCUAUCACUCUCGAAGAUACUACAGAUAGAUGUGUUCGUUGUUGUCAGGAUAUAAUUUGCGUGGAAAAUCUUGGUUGAGUUUACCUACUUUAUGUAUUAUUAUAUUCAUUUUUUAAAAGUGCAUAUUCAUGUUUUACAUAUUUAA